GCCCUACAACACAUUCACAUCACUGACCGGCAGCAUAUUUUGCGCGUUUUCCCGUCACAUUGUUAUCGUGUUUUGUUUUCGUUUUGUUUAGUAAUAAAAACACACAAUAACUGAAUAAAAUCAACGUAAAAUUUGCAUUAAGUUCACAAUUAUACCAUCAAAAUGUCUGGAGCCAGUCCAUUUAUAAGUAAACGUGGUUUAAUUAACAUAAAGCCACGGACACCACAACGAGAACGUGCAGACACCUUGGCCGAUGGCGACUCUCACAAUUUUUCCAUAUCGCUACUUCCCGGAGAGUUACAGAGAAUGCUGGACAGUUCUCAAAUGAAUAACAGUGGACUUUUUGGUUCAUCUUUCCAUGGUGGUGUGGCGGGAGUUGGUGAUACAACAAGCCUAUGUGAUCGAUCGGUUAUAGAGCAAUUGGAUGUCUUCAAGGAAAAGGCAGACACAUUGUUUCCACAAUUCUUGGAGGUUCUACAAGGUCGUACCAAUGAUUCGGAAGUAUUUGAUACCAUAAAAGAUCUUAUACACACAUGCGCUGCAGUGCAGGAUGAAUGUCUGAAAGAUAUUCAUAGAGGUGGUGACAACCGGACUAAGUCCAAAGUGGAAUGGUUGGAAUUGGAGUGUAAAACAUGGAAACUGUUGUAUGCAUUGUACCAAGAUCGUAUUCUCUUGCAAUCAACAGAUCAAGGAAUGGAUGAAAUACCCACAAUGGGUGGUUCCGAGAAGGAAGUUAUUUCGCAGUUAUACAAUUGCAAUUCAACAUUGAGGGAGUAUCAACUGAUAAUCGAUUGGUUAGAAGCAUGUUAUGAGAAGAAAAUGACUGGUCCCCAGAUUGGCCAUACGACGGAUCGCACCGUGGCUUGGGAAAACACUUUAUUUCAGUUGAAGAAACAACAACAAAUUGCCUUUAGUUCCGGCGGAGAAAUUGUUAAAUCUCUAGACCCUGAUGCACCCAUACGAGAAAAGAAACCGCUACAUGCAUUGGAUGAGGAAGAUAACAUGCGCUUAUCACGUUGCAUAUUUGAAGAAAUACGCCAGGGACGCAUCGAUGAGGCUAUGGCCUUGUGUAAAUACUGUGGCCAGACUUGGCGCGCAGCUAUAUUGGAGGGUUGGCGUCUUCAUGAAGAUCCCAACUAUGAACCCAUACAUGGAAACUCCAAGGAGAAGAUCCCCAUUGAGGGUAAUCCCCGAAGAGAUAUAUGGAAGAAAUGUGCUUGGAUGAUGGCUGAUUCUAAGAAAUUUGAUGAAUACACCAGGGCCAUAGCAGGAACAUUUUGUGGACAUUUGGAGUCGCUGAAGUCGCUACUAAUUAAUUCAUGGGAGGAUCUUCUUUGGGCAUACCUUAAGGUUCAGGUUGAUAUACGUGUGGAAAGUGAAAUAAGAGCCAAUUGCCCCAAGCCCUAUCAUCCCAUGCCAGAAGAGUAUUGGAAUGCAAAAAUGUCUAUGGAACAAAUAUUCGAUGAACUCUUGGUACACAAUGAUGCUGCUGUGAGGGAUUAUGCUCAAAGUAAAGUUGGCAUUAUACAGAAAUAUUUGAUUCUCGACAACAUUACCGAAUUGCUACAACAAAUACGUCGCUGGAUUGAAGAAGACCAAUUAGUGGAUAGCAAAGAUCCUUCCAUAUCUUCACAUAUGCUAAGAUUUCUAACCCAUAUUGUGUUGUUCAUGCGUCAAAUAGGUCGUGUAGACAAGGAGGAGACCGCUGAUCGUAUAAUAGCUGCGUAUGUUGAAUGUCUAAUACAAAUGAAAGAUGCCCAGCUGGUUGCAUUCUAUACUGCUGCCCUGCCGGGUAAAAUGCAGGUUUCUUUAUAUUCGAAAUUCUUGGAAACAAUACAUGAUACACCUGCCCGCCAAGCUGCUCUGGAGGAAGCGAUGAACGCUCAUCUUGAUGUUGAAAAUAUUACACGUCAUACUGUUGAAGUUAUCCGCCAAAAAGAGCCAGCCGAAGCUGAUAUACAACUAAUGCAACAGGAGCCGUUACAACAUGGUGAUAUUUCUACAUUUGACCAACGUAAAAUCAAGGCCUUGGAAUGGUUAACAUUUUUGCCAACACAACGUGGCGAACUAUUGUGGCAAGCUAAUGCUAUGAUACGUUCCUUUUUGGCAGAAAAUAAAAUGGAAUGUGUACGCGCAGUUUAUGAUACGAUUCCACAAGAUUCCCUAAGUCAUAUUUUGAAUAUCUACGGUAGUAAGGAUAAUUUCCCGUGUCGUGAAGACUGUAGCAUUAAGGAGUAUUUAAGUUACAAAGUUUAUCUGGCGGCCAUUGAUUCAUUUAAUGAAUGGUCACGUUUGUAUCACAAUCGCCCUAAAGAACCACAAUUGGUUACAGCUGGGGCUAAUUUCACCGAACGUAUGGCCUCGGAACACAAAGAGCAGGUAUAUAGAGGCGAAUUAAAUCGUUGGAAGGCAUCACUGGAGGAACAGGCUCGAGUUUGCCGAGAUUCUCUUUUCAAUGUCUUGUUAUUCCCCGAAAAGGGUUGGCUCAUUGAUCCUGACACUCCCAAAGAUCCGGCCAACAUCAGUCCUGUUACUUGGGAAAAUCGCCAAGUGCAAUUGGAUAAAAUUCGUAGUAUUUGUAUACCAGAAAUAACUUUACUUUUACACAAAGUUUUGCAUUUAUCAGAGGACUAUCAAGGUUGUGUCAGAUUGGCCGAUGAAAUUGCCUCCGAAAAUCGCCAACUUUAUAAGGUUUAUACCAAACAUAAGCUAGCGGAACUAUUGUCGAAAUUGGCAGAAUCUUCGCUGGAGUUGCUUAACAGAAAACUGGACCCAUGGGGAUAUCCUGUAACAGUAUAAGUUCCAAGUUUUAUGAUUUCUCUAAUUGUAUACCUUUAAGAUUCUUUUUGCUAAUAAAAUAAAAUUUGUUAUUAAAAUAA